AAGUUAAAUUAAUUAAUUGCCGGACAAAGAGGUCGACUAUAUUUAUUGUUCAAUUAAGACACGACUGAAGAAGUCUAUUUGGUAUUAGUGACCAUUGAAUCCAUACAAAUGAUGGCAACUGAUAUGAAGUUUGGCCCCGAGUGGCUGAAAGCGCUUUCAGACGGCGGACGCAAUGCCUCGACGACCGGAGGAAUGCCGCCGACAUCAUCAUCGGGUAGUGCACCGCCUAAACAUAAAUUGGCUGAUUAUCGGUACGGACGCGAAGAAAUGUUGGCAUUAUUUCAUCAUAAUAUAAAACCACCGGAAAAUCUUAAAGAAUUUCCACAUCUUUUUAUGGAUAAAAUGCAAAUGCCUUUAGCGCUGACCAAUAUGACUGAAGAUGAAUCACGUCUCUGGAAUCGUGUCAAUAGUGAUGUUGUACUUAGACUUAUAGGAAAAGCAAGUAAUACAGCCGAUAGAGGGGAAAGAAGUGGUGUCAAUGAAAGAGGAGGUAUAUCUAUAAGAGCCGGCAGAGGUGGUAGUCUUUCAGAUAGAGGACGAGGAAGGGGUCGCGUGUAUUAUCAACGAAACAAUUUUGAAGAGGGAGACAGUCCACCGGAACGAAGAGAUUUUAGAACUAACAGAUCUUUUGAUAGAACUAACAGUUUAACUGAAGAGAAUCAAAGAGAUAAAAAAUAUGAACGAAGUUUUAGUCGUGGAGGCGGUGCGGCUGCUGUUGACGAUAGCUUACGAAAAAACAAUUCACGAUCGUCUUCGGUUGAGAACUGGAGGACUGCUGGAAGAGGUGAAGAUAGAGAAGGCUGGAGAACAGCCAGAGGGCCAGCGGAAGGAUGGAAUCGUACAAACAGUUGGAGACAAAGCAAAGAUUAUGAAUACGACAAAGACUACUCGGAUAGGAACGGACCGCACAGAAAGUAUAACUAUAAAGAUAAAGAUCCAAAUGAUUUAUGGGAUGAUAUUGAAGAAAAUGACCGCAGAGGAAGUUUGCCCGAAUGGAGUAUUGAUGACGGAGAACAAGAUAAAGUGGGAACAUUUGACUCUUCUGGAGCUUUUAGAGAGGAUACCAAUGAUGACGAUGAGACCAAAUUUAAUAACGAUUUUGCCGACGAUGAAGAUUCUAAAGAAUUUAAUAAAAAUGAAGACAGUCUUAACAAAACUAAUCAAAAUUCAAAACUAUCUGAAAAUGCUAAACCAAAAGAAACAAUAAUAGAGAAAUCGUCGAAAAUGGACGACAAAAAUAUAAACAAAGAGUCAUCAAAUGUGACACAAACCCAAUUGAAACAAUCAGUACAGAAGUCGUCGUCGUCUCAAUCAUCGACACAGUUAUCAACUCAUACGCCUUCCAAUAAUAAUAAUAAUAAUAAUAAUAAGUUAUUAAAAUCAAACGAUACAAUCACUUCUAAUUCUCAUAAUAUCAAGAGUAGUUCUGAAGAGGACGGCUUCGCACAGUUUGCACACUUAGAGAAAGAGGCGGAGAAUAUGGUCGCCCAAUGGACUGCUGAUGACGAACCAAAGGAUAAGUCGGCGGAUGAACCGCCGGCUCAAGCUAUAGGACAGCCAUCACAUAUUCGUCACGAUAUGGCUGUACUUCCCGUUCAACACGAGGACGCUUUCAAAUGGCUUUAUCGCGAUCCGCAAAACGAUAUUCAGGGUCCAUUCACUCCACACGAAAUGUACGAUUGGUUUACCGCCGGUUACUUUGCAAUGGAUCUUCUAGUCAGGAGGGGUUGCGACGAAUAUUUCACACAAUUGGGCGAACUAUUAAAACUCUGGGGUUGUAUACCAUUUAUUGUUGUUCAAGGGUCUCAUCCGCCUCCCCUCCGUCGCCAAUCAUCACUGUCACAUAAACCCACAUCACAACCGACACCACCAUCACAACAACCCAUGGCUGCGACAGCCAAUCAAAAUUUAAUUCAACAACAAAUAUCAUCCCAUUCAUCACAAGCACCACCUCAUCCAAUACAUCCCUUACAACAACAAUCACAACAAAAUAUUUUGUCAAAUCAACAGAAUGUUGACAUGCAGUCACAAUUAAGAGAACUGUUAGCUCAACUUAAGAAACAGGAGGGCUUUUCUGAUCUGUCACAACAACAACAACAAGAAGUUCUCGUUCAACGUUACGUUCAUUUAGAACAACAAAGGCAACAGUCUCUACAGUCAGCCAUUCCUAACACUAGACCUGUUAAUGAAGAUAUAACUCCAUUGGACGCGUUGACUGGUUUGCGGUUACAAAAUGCACGAUCGCAUCAAAUGCAGAACAAUAAUAGUGGACAUUCUUCUCACGUUCAAAGCAUUUGGGAUAUGAAUUCCGGAGCAAUGUCUGUAUCAGCUAUUGAGGAAAUGCAGCGUAAAGAACAAGAAUUGAAAGAACUCGAAGAGAGGCGAAAGUCUUACGAAGAGGAACAGACAAGAAAGAAAUUGGAACAGGAAGAACAUCAAAGACUUAUAGAAGAAAGAGAACGUAAAUACCAGGAAUUGCAGAAAAAGUUAGAAGAAGAGAAACUUAGAAAUCAAGAGCUUAUUCGUAAACAAGAAGAAGAAAAGAGACGACGAGAAGAGGAGGAAAGGCUUCGUAUGGAAGAAGAAAAACGUAGAGCAGCUGAGGAACAAAAACGACGACAAGAAGAGCUAAUGCGUUUGGAAGAGUUUGCCAGAAGACAGGCACUUCAGGAGGAAGACAAGCGGAGACAAAUAGAAUUGGAAAAAGAGAGACAAAAACAGCAAUUAUUUGAUCUCGAAAGGGAAAGGGAGAGGGAAAGAGUUAAGGAUAUGGAACGACUCAGACAAUUACAACAACAGCAACAACAACAACAACAGCAGCAACAACAAGAAGCUUUCCUUAAGUUACAACAACAGAAACAACAACAACAACAACAACAUGAUAAACGUAAAGGUUGGGGACAAACAUCAUCAGAUGUAAGUCAAAAACAAUUGUCAUUGGAUGACAUUCAGCGAAUUCAAGAGGAAAAAGAUCGCGAAGAAAGGCAGAGACAGUUACAGCAGAAGCACAUGCAGGCGUUGUUUGCUGCACAACAGCAACAGCAGAAUAAGUCAUUAACGUGGGCCACACCAGCAUAUCAUCAACAGAGCGGUCCGGUAAAGACAUUGACCGAAAUACAGAGAGAAGAGUCGGAGAAAGCGGCCAAACAAAGAGCUCACGAUAGUAGGAAACAACAGACACAUGUGACUAAUAGUGUGCCAAACUCUGGCAUUUGGAAUAAUGCCAACAAUCAGCUCUUUGGACAAAUUCCGUCUCAGACGACCACCAAAGCUAAUAACAACAACAGUUCUUCAACUGGUAUGGGAUUUUGGGAACCAGAAUCUCGAAGUGUUUCGACUAACAGAGCCAAUGAUAGUGCCUUACCUUCAAUGCAAACCAAUUCAAAGGGCAAUACCAAUAGUAAAGCUAAUUCUCGCGAUAAAAAAGAAGAAGAAUCAGUUUUAAGACUCUUCGAAAAUCAGAGGCGACAAAAACCCGAUGAAUUUACGCAAUGGUGUAUUGAUGCCCUUUCCAAGUAUCAGUCAAGUGUUGACAUUCCAACAUUUAUAGCAUUUUUAAAAGACGUUGAAUCUCCAUUUGAAAUCAAUGAUUACGUUCGUUCAUAUCUUGGAGAGAGUAAAGAUGUCAAAGACUUCGCCAAACAGUUUAUUGAAAGGCGAUCUUACUUUCGAAAUCGAGCGAAAAAAGAGGCCACAGAGGAACUCAUGUGGGGACCGGCGCCGGCCAUAACUCCGUCCGUUAACAAAGCGAGCCAACCUUCGGCAGCGAAUUCGGUGGUAAACGUUUCCGACAGCGAUAAUAAUGGCUUUCAAUUGGCCUCCAAAAAGAAGAAAAAAGGAAAACGAGUGAUCGAUAACUCUAUAUUAGGCUUUACAGUACAGGCAGAUCCCGAUCGUAUAACUGGAGAGAUUGAACAACUGGAUGACUGACUGAUGAGUUUUUUUUAAAAAAAGAGUAAUCAUUAAUAUUAUUAUUAUUAUUAUUAAUAUUAUCAAACGUUAAA